AUGGCCGGCACGCGGAAUUACGAUUUCUUGAUUAAACUGUUGUUGAUUGGAGACUCGGGUGUGGGAAAAUCAUGUUGUCUAUUGCGCUUCAGUGAAGACUCUUUCACUCCAUCGUUCAUCACAACUAUCGGCAUUGAUUUCAAGAUCCGCACGAUCGAACUCGACGGAAAGAGGGUGAAGUUGCAGAUUUGGGACACAGCCGGCCAGGAGCGCUUCCGCACGAUCACAACAGCGUACUACCGGGGUGCUAUGGGCAUCCUCUUGGUCUACGAUGUGACAGAUGAACGUUCAUUCCAAAACAUCCGGACCUGGUUCUCAAACGUGGAGCAGCACGCCAGUGAGGGCGUACACAAGAUCCUGAUCGGUAACAAGUGUGAUUGGGAAGAGAAGAGAGCGGUCUCUACCGAACAAGGCCAACAACUGGCCGACGAGCUUGGCAUCCCCUUCCUUGAAGUCUCAGCCAAAAACAACAUCAACAUUGAGAAGGCGUUCUACAGUCUUGCAUCGGAUAUCAAGAAAGGCAUGGAUACUUCCAAGACUGAACAGUCCGGUAAUGGAGGUGUCAGUAUAGACCAGCAGGGCUCGGGUCUGAAUGGCAACUCUGGAGGGAAGUGCUGUUGA